GCGGAACGUCGCACACAUGUGCCAUCCUGAAGAACGGAUCAGCAGCGUGCUGGGGAUCGAACGUCGAGGGUCAAAUCUCCAUCCCCCCGCAAGUUGCAGCAUGGGAGAUGAUUGAUUGCGGUUACGCGCACACAUGCGGGAUAGACGUCAACGGCAGCGCCUACUGCUGGGGGUGGGACGGCAUCACGCCUGGACGGCUGAUCCCUUUCGGGCAGACAAAGGUUCCGAGCGACAUCUCAUCAUGGCGAAGUAUCGCGGCAGGGUUUGUUCACUCUUGUGGCGUAGCUUCAAAUGGGGAAGGGAGAUGUUGGGGCUCGAAUGGAAACGAUCAGAUCUCCAUGCCUUCUUAUCUGGAAUCUGCAGCUUCGCAAGAAGCUAAUGUGAACAUGUCGAUGCAUUUUGCGAUCCAAGAGCCUUCAAGAUGGGAGUCAAUAACAGCUUCGUAUUUCCAUUCUUGUGGGCUCACAGUGAACAAAACCAUUAUAUGCUGGGGAAGCAACGAUGCUAGACAGAAUGAUGUUCCGUCAGUUGUGAAUGCCCAGUACUUGUCAGUGACCAGCGGAUAUGUGCACAACUGUGCGAUGAACGCUUCAGGCCAAGCUCUUUGCUGGGGGCCAAGGCCGAAUGCUAUCAAGAAUUACUGGUAUGUAGGGCAAACAACGGUGCCUCAGCGAGGAGCUUUCAAGAUAUGAAACAGAUGUAA